ACCGGUACCCCCUGUAUAUAGUCUCGCUAUUGUUAUUGUCUAUUUUUAAACUGCAUCGUAAAACAUCUAUUACUCCUGAAAGCAUUGUGGUUCCAAGAGGCCAGUGGGUUAGAGAGCACAGUGCUGGAAACACUAGGUGUUUGAUUCCCAUAUAGAGGACACAUAUCAGGGUUUGGGUCAAUUCCAUCUCAAUUCCAGUCAAUUCAGAAAGUAAAUUAAAUACCAAUUCAAAUAAAAAAGUGUCCUAAUUGAAAAGCAUUGGAAGAUAAUUGGAAUUAGAGUUGGAAUUUAAUUGUACUCCCUGAAUUGACUGAAAUUGAAAUGGAAUUGACCCCAAACAAUCCACACACUGAGGAAAACUACUCAAUUUCGAAAUUGCACCUUGUGCAUUCUACUAUUACAACUUUAAAAAGUAAGUUGAAAGCCGGACUCAGUUCGGGGGGAGGGGGGCGUCCUCUCAGUUUGGGAACCACUGUGCUAAAUGACCACAAUUUUCAUUAAUUAUCUUUAAAUGAUCUCUUUCAGAUGAGAACAGGAGUGUUGCAGCCAACCUGUCCCAGAAGGUGCGUCUGCUAUGUUGGAUCAUGACUGGACCUAAGAACCUGGAGUCUAGAACCAAACACAUCCGGGCCACCUGGGCCAACCGAUGCAACAAAAUCCUCUACAUGAGUUCAGUGGAGACAGAAUUCCCCACGGUGGGGCUCAACGUAACCGAGGGACGAGACCAGCUCUACUGGAAGACCAUCAGAGCCUUCCAGUACAUCUAUCAACACCACCGCAACGACUACGACUGGGUCCUCAAAGCUGAUGAUGACACGUUUGUGGUCAUCGAAAACCUCCGCUACACCUUGUCCAAACAGGACCCGGAGAAGCCUGUGUACUUUGGGAGAAGGUUCCGCCCGUUCGUCCACCAGGGUUACAUGAGCGGUGGAGCCGGCUAUGUCCUCAGUAAAGAAGCCGUCAGAAGGUUCAUCGAGGGAUUUGACAUGGCGAAAUGUACCCACUUUUCCAUCAUAGAAGACAUGGCUCUGGGGAAGUGUAUGGAGACAAUGGGUGUGGAGCCGGGAGACUCCAGAGAUGUGAAGGGAAGGCAGACGUUUCAUCCCUACCCACCAGACAAGUACCUGAUCAAAAAGCCACCCAGAAAACGGCCUUGGUUUCUCUUGUAUGACUACUACAAACCCAGAGAGGGCCCAGAAUGUUGUUCAGAUCACACCGUAUCCUUUCACUACAUCUACAAUGUACAGAUGUACAUGCUGGAAUAUCUGACCUAUAACCUACGGCCCUACGGAUACCAGUACAGGUACAACCCUGAUUCUGCAGGAACUGAAAGUGAGAGUAACACACCCACACCGGUCUCUGCCUAACACAGAGAUAACACAGACAGACUACUGCACUGAAGAAAGUAUGUAUUACUGUGUAAUGUUUAAAUGCCAGAAACAACAGCUGACCCUGCCACUUUGUUUGGUAUGCUGAGC